AUGGAUGACCGUGGUAUCCCCCACCGCUCCACCCCUCCCACCCCCACUUCCAGCGACCACAAGCGUCCCGCCCGACCUCUCCCUGAGCCUGAGCGCGCAACCGCAUGUGGAACUGUGAUUCUCCCGGCCCUCCGUGCAGCCAUGGACCGCCGCCGCAACCAUCUCGUCCGUCUCGAACCCGGACGCAACCCUAACGACCCCCCGGCUACCCCAGAAGAAGAAAAGGACUUCGACCGCAGCGUCCGCAUCCACCAUGGUCUGGAGAAGGUUGCUGAAGACAUCGCUCGAGCUUUCAACAGCCUCCACCACUGGGAUAUGGAGAGUCCUGUUGAUAUGGGAGGUGGUGUUGAUGCUGUUCUCGACGCGUUCCUCGAGGAGGUCCUCUUCCGAUUGCAGCCCCGUAACAACGCGUAA